GUCACUCUUCCUGUUGCUGAUGCUGUGAAUAAUAAUAAUGAUGAUAAUAAAGGUUGGACCAUCUCAAAAGGGUUUUGAGCUUGUUUCAGGGAUGAAGAGUGUGGUGAGGACCUUCAUCAUAGCAUCUUGCUGUGCCGUAGGCCAGUCCGGGAAACAGAGCCUCCCAAGCAAAGGAAGCAAAGCUAUCAGAGCUUAUGUUUGCAAGCUUCACAGAACAGAAGAUGGAGUAGAACAGUUAUUUCCUGCCCGUCGGCACCCUUCUUGGCUUCCCAUCCAGAAGUGAACGGCAUCUGCCUUGAUCUUCCUGAGAUAUUUUCUCUUUAAUACAACCUCUAACCUCACCUUUUACAAGUCUACCUGUCCGGGAGGAAAUGAUGGCAAAAUACUCUAACCUUUCCUUGGAGAGUCAUAACAUAUCACUGAAUGAACAUUCCAACAUGCCGGUAGAAAAAAAUAUAACUUUAGAAAGAUCUUCUAAUGUAGAACUCACAUGCCAGUUCACAACAUCUGGAGAUUUGAAUUCAGUAAACGUGACUUGGAAAAAAGGUGAUGAACUACUUGAGAAGAAUUUUUAUCUCAUCAACGUAACAGGGAACACCCUGUAUACCCAAUACAAGUUCACCAUCGUUAAUAGCAAACAAAUGGGAAGUUAUUCUUGUUUCUUUGAAGAGAAAAAGGAACAAAGAGGCACAUUUAAUUUCAAAGUCCCUGAACUUCAUGAAAAGAACAAACCAUUGAUCACUUAUGUGGGGGAUUCAGUUGUCUUGAUGUGUAAAUGUCAAGAUUGUUUGCCUUUAAAUUGGACCUGGUACCGUAGUAAUGGGAGUUUACAGGUUCCUGUUGGUGUUGCAGUGAGCGAUAAGUAUGUCAUCGAUGGAAAAAAUGCAAAUGAAACAAGGCUCAAGAUAAUGCAGCUUUCAGAGGAAGAUCAAGGAUCUUACUGGUGCCAUGCAAUAUUCCAGUUGGGCGAGAGUGAAGAACGCAUUGAACUUGUCGUGCUGAGUUACUGGGUGCCCCUCAAAGCAUUUCUUGGAAUAGCUGCUGAGGUGGUUCUUUUAGUGGCUGUUAUUCUGCUUUUUGAAAUGUACACCCAAAAGAAAAAGAAGCCCUCAGAUGAUGGGAAAGAAUUUGAACAAAUGGAACAGCUGAAAUCCGAUGACAGCAAUGGUAUCGAAAAUAAUGCCCCCAGGCACAGAAAAAAUGAAUCUGUGGGCCAAUGAACGAGACACAUCAGGUGAAGAGUCACAGGACGAUGUACAGAGAGUUUGGAUUUCAGCUUUGUUUCUGCUUCCUGUUAAGGACACGUGGAUUUUUAUUUGAAAAAGGAUGAAAAGUUUAUGCAAGAUGCUCAGCAGUAGCUUUGUAAAUAAUAUAUGCUAUUUCAGGUUUAAAGAUAUAUUUUCAUUCUAUAAUUAUUUUACAUUAAAGCAAGGUAAAUUGUAUUAGGGGUGUUCUAUGAGCUGUAACCCAGGAUAAUUAAUUUCAUUCUAGUCCUCAAGGGACACACAGAACAGACACCAGCAACACCAAAUAGUGCAUAAAGUGAAUGUCACUGUUUAUAACCAAAGAAUUCAUUAAAGACAAAGCCUUUGCCAUUUGUCUUAAAAA